AUGUCAGCAGUUUUAACUCGAACAUAUUCUCUUCGAAAACAUAUUCAACCAAUAAUUGAUAUUGAUGAACUAGAUGAUGAUCAACGACGAGAUUCAUUUGGUCGAAAACGUGUAGACGUGAUAGAAUGUUUAUUAGAUUCAUCAUCCGAUGAAACUGAUAAUGAUGAUAUAAAUAUUAAAAAACCACACAAUAUUCUUUGGUUAACAUUCAAUGAAAUUUGCCAUAUACGUUAUGUUCUUGUUCAAAUAUCUUUAAGUGUCGAUAAACAAUAUUCAGAAAUUCGUAAUGGUCGUAUUUGUUUUCGAUGUCGAAAAAGUAUUAAUGAAUUAUUUUUUUUACCAUCAUUUCUUCGUCUUAAUAAUUAUGAAAAUUGUUUUAUGUGUCAACAAAUCAUAUGUAAAAAAUGUUCAUAUUCAAAUUUUGUACCCCCUUCUCGGAAACUUUUGAUUCCUAUUCGAAUACAAAAUUUACUUAAGUCAUCAUCAACUACCAAUGAAAAUAACAAUGAAGAAAUAAACAAAUCAACUACACAAACAAAAACAAUCUGUUAUGAUUGUUUACAGAUAUUCAAUGAACAUAGACAAACUUCCAAACACCGUAGAAAACCAUCCGUUCCUCUACUUCGUCGAUCACUUUCAUUACCACCUAAGCCACAUAAAAAUUCCUGUGAAAAUCAAUAUACAUAUCAUCAUUGUCGCCGUCCACUUCAUAUAACUAAUUGUAAAAUUCAGAAAACUACUAUAACUACAACAUCACUUAUAACUGAGUUUUGA